CAGCACAACUCAAACUCUUAAACCCCUUCGAUCACAAAAACACAAAACCAAAUGUCAGAUUCAUCAACAUGGCAACAACAACAACAACAACCUCCAUUGCCAAAACCAUAACCAAACUCUACACUUGUAACAGAGGCUCUCUCUCUUCCACUCCCAGUCAAUUGGGUUCAUUUCAGUCUUCUUCAUUGUCAAGCUCCUCUACUGCUGCAGCUUCCUCAGAACCUGAGUUUCAAUCAGCAAUCUCUUCCCAAGCUCCAGAGAGGGAAAGGUCCAGAUGGUCGAAAUGGCUGCUGUUUCUUCCUGGAGCUAUUACCUUUGGCCUUGGAACUUGGCAGAUUGUCAGAAGGCAAGACAAGAUACAAAUGCUGGAGUAUAGACGGAAAAGGCUGGAGAUGGAACCACUGCAAUUUAACCAUGUUUCUCCAUCAACCAAAGAAUUGGAGAAUUUGGAGUUUAGGAGGGUGUUAUGCAAAGGACAUUUUGAUGAGAAAGGUUCGAUCUAUGUGGGCCCUCGUUCAAGAAGCAUUUCAGGAGUGACUGAAAAUGGCUACUAUGUCAUUACACCCCUUUUGCCAGUUUCUGACGAAGCUGAGAGUUCACAGCCGCCAAUAUUGGUCAAUAGAGGAUGGGUCCCCCGCAGUUGGAAAGAAAAGUCUUCAGAACUUCCACAAGAUGAUGAACAACCUUCUAACACAACACCCAGUAUUGGCAAAGAGGAGGAAAGAGCAUCUUGGUGGAGGUUCUGGACAAAGAAGCCUAAAGUUGUUGAGGAUCAACCCCCUACACAAGCUCCUGAUGAAGUUGUUGGAGUAAUUCGAGGGAGUGAAAAGCCUAGCAUUUUUGUUCCACCAAAUGAUCCAAACUCUGGUCAAUGGUUCUAUGUUGAUGUUCCUGCAAUUGCUCGUACAUUUGGACUUCCUGAGGAUACUAUUUACAUUGAGGACAUACAUGAAGAUGUCAAUCCUAGUAAUCCGUAUCCACUUCCAAAAGAUGGCAGUACCUUGAUUCGGAGUUCAGUCAUGCCUCAGGACCAUCUGAAUUAUACUUUGACAUGGUAUUCUCUCUCUGCAGCAGUUACGUUUAUGGCUUUCAAGAGACUAAGACCAAAAAAGAUACGCAGAUAACAGAGACUCCAUUGAGUGAUAUCCACACAAGUCACAGCAAGCAUUUUAGAAUACAAGAGAAACAAGAAACUGUUUGUACCUUUUCUUUCUCCGUUUUUGUUCUGGCGCAGAAAGAUGUCUUCGGAAGGAGUAGACAAAGCAUGUAUGAAAUUGACUACUGUAACGUGGUCUAGGAUAUUUGGGAACAAGGAAGGCCAAACCGUUUUCUUUUCUUUGGAAAAGGGAUGGUCAAAUUACGAAUCAUUAGGUU